AUGAAUGCAACAAAGGGCAAGGGCUCCUCAGUCAUGGUUUUAAAUGAAGAAUGUGACCAGAAUUGGUACAAGGCAGAACUCAAUGGAAAAGAAGGAUUCAUCCCUAAAAAUUACAUCGAAAUGAAGCCACACCUCUGGUUUUAUGGGAAGAUUCCCCGUGCAAAGGCAGAAGAAAUGUUAAAUAAACAGAGACACGAUGGAGCAUUUCUCAUUAGAGAGAGUGAGAGUGCACCUGGAGACUUCUCGCUGUCUGUCAAAUUUGGGAAUGAUGUCCAGCACUUCAAAGUCUUACGGGAUGGAGCAGGAAAAUACUUUUUGUGGGUGGUCAAAUUUAACUCAUUAAACUCUUUAGUGGAUUAUCAUCGGUCCACUUCUGUGUCCAGGAAUCAGCCCAUUUUCCUCAGGGACAUUGAACAGGUUCCACAGCAUUCCACAUAUGUUCAAGCUUUGUUUGACUUCGACCCUCAAGAGGAUGGAGAGCUGGGUUUCAGGCGUGGAGAUUUUAUCCAGGUCCUGGACAACUCGGAUCCUAAUUGGUGGAAGGGGGCUUGUCACGGACAGACCGGAAUGUUCCCUCGCAAUUAUGUCACUCCUGUCAAUCAAAACAUGUAACUUUCAGAGAAAAUGUUUGCUUGCUUAAAGCACCUGUAGACUUCCAGCUGGGUUGCCAUGGAAACAGAAACCACAGAGUGAUGGAGAGAAAAGGCUCAAUUGGUGACAUAGUUGUCGAUUGGCCGGAAAAAUAAAGACUGUGCUGUUUGGAGUGGUUGACAUUUUAAGAAGCACUAUUGACUGUGUGAGAAAAAUG